AUGUCGUUAUUUCCAUGCCUUUUCGCCCAGGCAUGCUUUACUAACGGUUAUGUAGUGCUGGGUUCCUUGCUCGGCAGUAUUCCUUGCAGUCUAAGAGUGUUUCGUUAUAAUGGCACGGCGGAUGGCCCGUGGGAACUGAGUAUGCCUGCACUAAAUGUCAUCCCUUUGGGGAUUGAUAGUAUGACUAUCAAUUUACGAAAUCUCAGCAAUCAACUUCGGGAAUUGAAGUUAAAUAGAAACAGUCUUCCAUUUGACUUCCUGUGUCCUUUGGAUGAAGAAGGCCAGCCUAUUAUAGGCUCCUUGCAAUGGCCCUACUUGAAAACAUUGGAAAUUGAGGAUGUGCCUCCCUGGCUUCCUUCUGGGAAAUGGAUUUGCACUCACACCGCGCACCGAGCCAGGAUCGAGAAUGGCAAGUGUGGAGGAUCAGUGAUAGACGAAGAACAAUUCCACCGGCUUCUCAUAUCGGUAGGUUAUGCAACCCAACGUAUGCCCUGCUUGAAAGAGUUUCAUAUGGGUUGCUAUUACCGGUUCUACCUUUAUCUUCAGAACAACGUCGGUGGAAGUAUGUUGCAAUGGCAAUCUCAUGUCGAAUACCAGCCAGAUACUCGAGCUGCAAAGGCAUGGAAAUUUGACCUAGAUGAUGUGAGGGUUCAAUCUACUACGCCUUUUAGUAAAUGUUCUGUGACACUUCCCCGGUAG